AUGAACACUGUGUCACUUAUUCUCUUAACAGCUGCCUUGGCAAACACUGCGCCAACCACUACUGAAAAGCAAUCACCAUAUGCAGAUGUGUCCAAAAUUGGCACCCAAGAAGACAUUUUCCCAUAUCUGGCAGGUUCUGGCCCUCAUUUUUCGUACCCGCUAAGCUACGGUGUGUCCAAAGAAGUUCCCGAGCAAUGUGUCCUCCAACAGGUUCAAUUACUGGCUAGACAUGGCGAAAGAUACCCAACUAACAACACAGGGUCGAGUUUGACGAACCUUUACCGAAAAUUAAACAGCUACUCUUCAAAAUUCUCAGGAUCUCUGAAAUUCUUGGACGAAGACUACGAGUUUUUUUUGCCAGACUCUCACAACUUUGAAGAAUUAACCACUUGGGACAACACUUUAGACCCCAUCAAUCCCUAUGUCGGCGAAUGGGAUGCGCAGAAACACAGCCGUGAGUUCUUACGUCAAUACGGAGAGCUCCUAAAAAACACGACCUCGUUCCCCAUCUUCACAUCCAACUCUAAAAGAGUCCACGACACCGCCAAAGUUUUCGGUGACGCUUUGGGAGACAAAUUCAACAUCAGCUAUCAGAUCAUCGAUGAAGAUCCUUCGAUGGGAGCCAACUCAUUGACUACUUUAAGUUCCUGCGCCACUUACAACAAGACCGCUAAGAAAGAUGUGUACUCUAAAUUCACGACUCGAUACCUAUCCGACAUCGCUAAUAGAUUGAACACUGAGAACAAGGGCCUAAACUUGUCUAAAUCCGAUGCCAACAGCCUAUUCUCCUGGUGCGCAUACGAAAUUAACGUCAAGGGCUACAGUAACAUGUGCGAUGUGUUUACCGACGAAGAACUGACCUACUACGCCUACAACGACGACAUGACCAGCUACUACUAUCACGGUCCUGGUAACCCACUGGGUGUCACUGUCGGUGGUGUCAACUUUAACGCUUCUGUCGAGCUCUUGAAGCAGCACAAAGAACUAGACAACAAGGUGUGGUUAAGUUUCACUCACGACACCAACGUUGUCAACAUCCUAGGUGCCAUCGGUAUCUUCGAUCCUGGCCAUCCGAUGCCUGCCGAGUACAUUGCCGUCAAAGACCACAUUUACCACAAGUCUUGGAUGGUGCCCCAGGGUGCCAGAGUCUACACUCAACUGUACCAGUGUUCCAACCAAACCUUCGUUAGAUACGUGGUGAACGACGCUGUGAUCCCAAUUGAGAAGUGCUCGUCCGGUCCAGGUUUGUCCUGUGAACUCAGCGAAUUUGCCACCUACGCGGAGUCCAGAUUGAACGGUACAGAUUACGUUUCUUCUUGUAAGACUGCCACUACUAGCAACCAAACUUCAUUGACCUUCUACUGGGACUACCAGCAGAGGAAUUACGAUGCUCCUUUGGGGUUGUUUUAG